AUGGCGUCGGAGCUACCUUUCAAGUUAAACAACAAGGAUAUAUUCCGCGAUCAUGCUCUCGUCAAUGGCAAGUGGGUGGAAGCCCAAUCCCAAAAACGUUUCGAUGUUGUCGAUCCUGGUACUGGCAAAACGUGGGCUACGGCUCCUGAUAAUGGACCUGAGGAUGUAGACAAGACUGUCCAAGCUGCGCAGACGGCGUUUGAGUCUUAUCGCAAGGUCAACCCACGAACCAGGGCACAAUGGCUUUUAAAGUGGGAUGCACUUAUCCGCGAACAUAGAGAUGACAUUGCAAAGAUUGUGACUUAUGAGACUGGAAAACCACUCGCUGAGAGUCAGGGAGAGCUAGACUAUGCUCUAGGAUUUACUUGGUGGUUUGCAGGAGAGGCUGAGAGGAUCCAAGGAACGAUUUCUACGCCUGCGGCUCCGGGUCGUCGUGUCUUUACCAUCAAGCAGCCUAUUGGUGUUGCUGUGGCAUUGACACCAUGGAACUUCCCCAUCGCAAUGAUCUUGCGUAAAGCGGGAGCAGCUUUGGCGGCAGGCUGCACUAUGAUUGUUAAGCCAUCGCCAGAGACGCCUUUCUCGGUCUUGACUUUGGGCUACCUGGCUCUGCAAGCAGGCUUUCCUCCUGGUGUGUUCAAUGUUUUGACUACUAGUCUCGAUAACACUCCAUCGUUGUCUGAAGCUUUGUGUCGACAUGAGCUUGUGAAAAAGGUCACCUUCACAGGUAGCACUCGUGUAGGUAAAUUGGUAGCCAAGAUCUGCUCCGACGGUUUGAAAAAAGUGACACUCGAGCUUGGUGGCAACUGCCCCUUCCUCGUCUUCGAGGAUGCAGAUUUGGAACAAGCAGCUAAUGCACUCAUGGCACUAAAAUGGCGCCACGCAGGCCAAGCCUGCAUAACCGCCAACCGCGUCUAUGUUCAAAAAUCAAUCUACAAGCAAUUCACCGACCUGAUAGUCCAAAAGACCAAAGGGCUCGUCAUGGGCCACGGCAGCGAGUCCACCACAACCCUAGGUCCCGUAACCACCUCCCGCGGCCUCGACAAAGCCGAAUCCCAAGUCAAAGACGCCGUCUCCCAAGGAGGAAAACUGCUACUUGGUAGUGGGGAACGAAAGAAAGAUGCAGGUGGUUAUUUCUUUGAGCCCGCGAUUAUUGGCGAUGCGCAUAAGGAAAUGUUGAUUGCGAGUGAAGAGACUUUUGCGCCUGUGCUUGCUAUAUUUGCUUUUGAGACUGAGGAAGAGGCGGUGGAGAGGGCGAAUAACACUAGUAUGGGAUUGGCGAGUUAUUUCUUUACUAAGAAUGUUGAUAGGACUUGGAGGUUGUUUGAGAAUCUUGAGGCUGGUAUGAUUGGUAUCAACACUGGCAACUCGUCUGCUGCGGAGAGUCCGUUCGGAGGUAUCAAGGAAAGUGGUUAUGGAAAGGAGUCGGGCAAGGAUGUUGCGGUCAAUGAGUACCUGAUCACAAAGACAGGCACCUUUACUUUGGACGGCCAAUACUAG